CGAGGAUUUUGCAACCGGCCAUGAGCGCCAUCGCGUUUGCAGCGGCGGUGUCCGAUGCGAUGGAUUCCAUCAAGAAGUACUCGGACGACUGGCAGAAGCGACUCAUCGCGCUGCAGGAGAUCCAAAAACAAUUCCAAUCGAUUGAAAACACGACGAUCACAGUGCCGGUGGACACAUGGCGCGUCCUCAAGCCACUAAAGGACAUGAUCCAAGACUUACGAUCCCAGAUUGUCAAGGAGGUUUGCGCAACGCUCGCCCUCAUGAGCAAGGUUGCGCGAGACUCGAUGUCGCCACUGGUUCGAGAUCUCCUCCCCGUUUUGGUGGAAGUGCGGGGCGGUGGCAACAAAGUCUGCGGCGCCUAUUGCGGCGAAUGCGUCGAAGUACUCGUAUCGACAGUUGUGACCAAAGGACCGACGUUGCGAUACCUGGUCGACGCGGUCGUCGAGAGCAAGAAUAAAGGAAUCCGAGCGUGCUGUAUUGGCGCCCUCACACUAGUGCUGGUGCACUGGAGCACUGUCCUCGACAAAAGCGACGUGCAACAGAUCGAAGUCGGAAUGAAGAGCGCGUUGUACGACGCGAGUUCGACGUGUCGGUCGGCGUCGCUCACGUUUUUCCAGCGAUUUCAGCAAAAGUUCUCGAAGCGAGCGGCGCUGCUGCUCACGACGGUCGACUUCAAAGUCCAGAGGCGUCUCGAAUCGCUCCCUUUGCUUCAAGACAGCGCGACGACAACGACCCCACAAGCGUUCUUACCUCGAUCGAACAGCAAUUCAAUGGACGGCGAUGCGUUUGAUAACGAUAGUCGCCACGAUACCGGUGUGCGCCAACGACAAGAUGAUGACGACAACGUCAGGAUCGCCGAAGCCGAUGGCGACGUCGAGAUUGGAGACCGCGUGUGCAUUUCCGAAAAAGAAUUAUUUGGCCAUGUGCGAUACAUCGGCGACGUGGCUGGCUUCACAGGGCCAUGGGUUGGCAUUCAACUGGAUCACGCUGACGGUAAAAACGACGGUAGCAUCAAGGGGCAAUACUACUUUCGAUGCAAACCAAAGCACGGCGUAUUUGUACGUCCGAGUCAGAUUUUUCUCACGAAACGGUAUGUGGUUGACAAAGGGUUUGGAGGGAUGGCUGGGGAGUAGUAGAGCGGGAUUUGUGGGCGAUCGUGUGCCCCAGGUCUCGCUCGGGCACGUGGGCACCUGACCUCGUUUGUCUGCAGCCAUUCCAAAGUGACUAAAGGCUGCUUUUGUCGAUGCCGUGGGCGAGAUACCUUUUCCGCCCGGCCCGUUUUGGCUGGCUCAUGGCGCUUGUUUAGCUGUUGCAUGCCACGGUCGUUUUGUGUCGGAUUGAAUUGAACGUGUGGUGAGUAGACAUGUCUCGUUCGAUCAAGUCGACGAUAAAGCGGACGAUGGCUAUGCCAUCCAGGAAGAAGGCGAUGGGGAUGAGUCGUCUGGAGUGCGGUGCGAAGAGGCCGAGGCCGAAGACGAUACCCUCGUGGCUGGUCCACGCGAGGACGACGAUGAACCACCGCUGAAGAAGCUGUUGGAUUCCAUGCUGGAUGCGCAGCGAGGGUUUCUCGACUUCAUGUUUCUCAACCUGAACGUCGAAAUGGAUCACUUGGACGUGUUCCAAAAGAGCGCGGCAAUUGCGUCGUCUGCCGAUGCGAUUGCGUACUGCGAUCAAGUGCGCAACAUUUGCCAGGAAAAGAUCGACGCCGUGUCUGCCUUCAUGGAGAAGAUCGUCGAAGCCCAGCAAAAGGCCAUGGAAACAUAACACGGACCACGCAAAUCGUCCCACGGCGCAAGCGGUCCAGUCGACGCCAUGGACAUAUCAGGCACAGCGCCCUCAUUCUGCUCACUCGACUAGAUGACGAUGCCGUACUCACGUCAAAUAAUGUCGACGGAAUGUACAUGAAGGUCUUGCAUCACAC